AAACGUGCGAUGAACGGCAGACAGAGAUUGGGAGGAGGAGGACGACGACGAGGAAAGAGAACGAGUGGGGGAAGCAUCGGAAUCCAACUGACGCCGCCCACUGUCUCCGAUCCACCAAUCUUCGUCUUCUUCUUCUUCUUCUCCUCGUCCUCCUCCUCCGAGAAAAUAUUAGGUGCUCCUCUCUGCAACUCUCUCUUUCUCCUUCCGUUUGGUAGACACUGUGCAUAGUUUGACCCAUCGAGGUCGCAAUGAACGAGGUGAUCACGGCCUCCGACGCUUCGUCGACUUUCCGAUCCGCUUCGUCUCAGCCGUCGCUCGUCCCUCUGAACCCGCCUCUCCUCUCCGCUCUGUUCUCGCUAGCUCUCGCUCAGUUCCUCAAGCCAUUCACCGGCUGGCUCAAGGAGAAGAGAUGGGACUCCAGAAAAAUGCUUGGUUCUGGUGGAAUGCCAUCAUCACAUUCGGCUACUGUUACGGCUCUUGCUGUUGCUAUUGGUUUGCAAGAAGGACCCCAAGGAUCAGCAUUUGCUAUAGCGGUGGUCUUGGCUUGUGUUGUUAUGUACGAUGCUUCUGGUGUAAGACUUCAUGCAGGUCGCCAAGCAGAAUUGCUAAAUCAAAUUGUUUGUGAACUACCCCCGGAACACCCUGUGUCCAGCUUUAAACCCUUACGAGACUCGCUGGGGCAUACGCCUGUCCAGGUUGUUUCAGGUGCCUUGUUGGGAUGUGUUGUUGCAUAUCUAAUGAGAAGUUCUAGCUGAAGAAUUGGCCUGAUACUGGAUAAACCUUUGUUGGAAGUUGACGGCCUUCUUCAACGAAGGCUCUGAAAUUUUGACAUCAGUCGCCAACAUAUAGUCAGAUGAAAGAAAUUUGUGAAUGCAAAGAUCUAAUUAUUGUGAUUGUUUAGCUUCUUAAUUUGUGAAAUCCCAAGGCAUGGGCUAGUUACAUGUAAAUUUGGUGGCAAUAUGCUUUUGUUAGUCUUCUCAUUUCCUAUUUGCUCUUCUAAUCACAAUCUAAGCGGACCAACGUAGCUUUGAGCUCCUUUCUAUCUGAAGGAGUGUAAAUAUUUUGCACUUGAGAACUUGGUGCAAAGACAAUUGGAUUAGAUGCGUGGAAUGCACUCCAAUAUUGAAUGAUUGCUGAAUCUCUUGAAGGACUAA